AUGGGUUAUAUUGACCACGAGAGAAGCAUGUCCGAUCUUCUUGAGACGCCGGGACGCCAAUUGAAACAGCGUCCAGAACUCAAUCCUGAUAUUAGCGCAAUAAAGCUCACAUUACUCUAUCGGCAGCUAGCCAAUAUUGUCUCUUCUCUAUCUACAUUAUCUGCGAGCCGAAUUGGAUCUCUGAGGCAAUCUGGUAAAUCAGCGUGGGAAGUGGCAUAUCGACCACUAUCUAUGUCUAUGAACCAAGUUGUGCGCCUAGGGACACUGCCUCGGUCCGAACUUCCUACUACGACCUAUGAUAAAGCGCCUUUAUAUUUUGAAGCCCUGGCGGAGCUACACCUUUCACAUCUUAAACAUCAAAGGAACAAUGCUAUAGACUCGGCUGACGACUGCCGACACGAAAGAGUCGCUGGGGUAAUAGACUGGGAGUUUACCUAUACCGCGCCAGCCGAGUUUACUUAUGCUCCACCCUGGUGGCUUCUUCUAGAAACGCCAGAAUAUUGGAGUAAGGGUCUAGAUGACUGGUGUACAAAAUAUGAGAAAUGGCUUCCGAUGUUUCUUCAGGCAAUAGUGGAGUGCGAAGAGAAAGCGUGCCAGAAUCAGAACGGACGACUCCAAGAAAGCCAGCGACUCUCGAGUCAGAUGCGACGUAGUUGGGAGAGCGGAGGCUUUGGGAUCAAGUGUGCUGCAAAAAACAAUUUUGCCUUUGAUGCCACCUAUUGGAACAAGAUCGAUCAGCGGUUCUUCGGCUUCAAUAAAUCUGACGACAAUAUAUGUGAUAUAUGGAAGAAAAGACGUGAUCUCUUGGAACCUGAAGAAACGGAAAUCAUGGAAAAGUACGUGAAUUUGAAGCUUCAGAAGAAUGAGACAAGGGUUCUCUCUUGGGACCCAGAUGAAUACACCAUAGGAUACAUGGCCAAGAUGAAAACUUGA